AUGCCCCGCGCAUUCUUGGUGAAGAAGCCGUGCGUCUCCACGUGCAAGCGGAACUGGAGUGAACUCCCCGACGAGGAGCGCGGCGAGAUCUACGUGCCAGUCAGCCUGGGCUUCUGCCCACCACAGCCCUACCAGGAGCCGGAGCCGUCGAUAGCCGAGCCCCCUUCCUGUCCUCUGGCUUUGGAUAUGAGCAUGCGCAACUCCAGCUACAGCGUAGCUCCGGGGCCCUGCGUGGUGGCACAGCUGCCCUCCGAGGACUUGGGCCGCCUCACGGACGCCCAGAGCCGGGAACACAGCUUCCUGAGCACCAAGAUGAAGGUGACCCUGGGGGACAGUGCCAGCGGGGACCUCUUCACCUGCCACAUCUGCCAGAAGGCCUUCACCUACCAGCGGAUGCUGAACCGCCACAUGAAGUGUCACAAUGAUGUCAAGAGACACCUGUGCACUUACUGUGGCAAGGGCUUCAAUGACACCUUCGACCUCAAGCGGCACGUUCGGACACACACAGGUGUGCGGCCCUACAAGUGCAGCCUGUGCGACAAGGCCUUCACACAGCGCUGCUCGCUGGAGUCCCACCUCAAGAAGAUCCACGGCGUGCAGCAGCAGUACGCCUACAAGGAGCGGCGUGCCAAGCUCUACGUGUGUGAGGAGUGCGGCUGCACGUCCGAGAGCCAGGAGGGCCACGUCCUGCACCUGCGGGAGCAGCACCCCGACAGCCCGCUCCUGCGGAAGACCUCCAAGAAGGUGGCUGUGGCCCUGCAGAGCACUGUCACCUCGCUGCUGCAGGGUGGCCCCCGGCUCUGA